AUAGGUACAGAGAUGUGUUUGCUACCUCUGCUCUCUGAAUUUCUGCUGCGGUCUCUAAAUGAUAUAAUAGCAAACAAUUAUCAAUGAUUUCUUAGAAUUCGCUAUCACAAUUGUAUUGUUCUAUCCUGAAGUGCAAAGAAAGUUAAGAUUCAAAAUUUCUUUCUAUUUGUAGUCAUGAAAAGUUCAGCAUACUUUUGAGAAAAGAAUUUCCAUCUAAAAAAACAAUACAAAUCGAUUGAAGAAUGGGCAACCGUGUGGCUGUGAGUGUCCCUUCACAGAUUCUUCCCAUUGAGUUCUACCUGAAGGAGCUCUCAGAUAUCCAUGUCAAAGCCAGCUUGGGAAACACAUGUUUCCUGAAGGUGGCAUGCUGCCUGUCACGUGAAGGUUUGGUGGUGGUGAAGGUUUUUGUCAACAAUGAGAACCACUUGAAGCUUGAACCUUAUCGAGACCUGCUGCACCGAGUGCACGACCACCUUGACAAUGCUGCCCCAAACUGCCUCAUGUAUGCUGCUGUUAAGAUCACGGACACAGCAGGCGUGCUGCUGCGUCAGCACGUCGACAAGAGCCUCCAUGAGCGCAUCUCCACCCGCCCCUUCCUGACCCACCUUGAGAAGACCUGGCUCGCCUUCCAGCUGCUGUGUGCCCUACGUCAGGCCCACCAGGCCCAGGUGAUGUGGCCCACCAGGCCCAGUCGCAGGACUUGUUACAUCGCCCCUGAGAGGUUCCGGUACCGGGAGGGGGACGGUCGGGACGUCAGCCCCGACGGGGAGGCACUAGAGAGGGAGGCGUCCCCCAGCCCCAACCCCCCGCUGCACAACCUCACCCCUGCCAUGGACGUCUUCUCGGCCGGAGCCUGAACGAUAUCCUGCUGAACCUGUGCGGCGAGAAGGUGGCCGAGCUCGACAAGACGUACAUGGCACGCUGUGGGGCGCCGCCCUCGGGGCAAGGGACACGGGGGGCAGAUGCCCCCCCAGGACAGGCGACACGGGGGGCGGACGCCCCCAGCUACAGACUCCACGUCAAGUACGGACGAGGGAACGACCAGGACGACGAGAGCGCGACGAGUGACGAGCGCUGCGAGGCCCUCAUCCUCGUCCUGCCCUUCAUCACCGCCGCGUACCGGAGUGCCGCCCUCUGCUCCUCCAAGCUGCUGGGGCUGCAGACGCUGAUGAGGGUCGCGCGGUUCUGCCCUGAUGACGUCAUCCUGGACCGCCUUCUGCCCACCAUGCUGGUAGGCGUAGAGAGCGCAGAGAGCAGCGUGCGCGCGUGUGCGGUUGACUGCAUCACGCACAGCCUCGCCCUGGUCGCCGCCAUCCCUGAAAUGAUGAGCACAAUA